AUGUCUGCUGAUUUAGAAAACCAACAACCACAAGAUCACCGUCUUAUAAUUGAAAACAAGGAAGAUGGUCAACAAGGAUCCACUCCAUUCGACCCACAUCAUCCAGUCACUAAGAUUCAAACCGAUGGGGACUAUGUCACUUUUGGUAAUGAAAGAUACUUACGUUCUGAUUUGGUUCAUGCUUUCGGUGGUACUUUGAACCCUGGUUUAGCCCCACCUCCAAAACAUGAUUUCGCCAAUCCUGCCCCAUUGGGUUUAUCUGCAUUUGCCUUGACUACUUUUGUUUUAAGUUUGAUUAAUUGUGAAGCCAGAGGAGUUACUAUUCCAAACAUUGUUGUUGGUUUAGCUUUCUUUUAUGGUGGUGCUGCUCAAUUGGUUGCCGGUAUGUUUGAAAUUGCUGUUGGUAACACCUUUGGGGGUGUUGCAUUGAGUUCAUAUGGUGGUUUCUGGGGUGCUUGGGCUGCCAUUCAAGUCGAUUCUUUUGGUAUUGUUGCUGCUUAUGGUGAUGAUAAAACACAAUUACGUUAUGCAUUGGGUAUUUUCUUGAUUGGAUGGUUUAUCUUUACAUUUUUCUUGAUGUUGUUGACUGUUAAAUCUACUGUUGCAUUCUUUUUGAUAUUCUUUUUCUUAUCGAUUACGUUUUUGUUAUUAGCUAUUUCUGAAUUUUCUGCCAAAACUUCUGUUAAGAAAGCCGGUGGUGUAUUUGGUUUGAUUACUGCUUUUGUUGCUUGGUAUAAUGCAUACGCUGGUAUCGCCAACCCACAAAACAGUUACCUUGUCGUCAAGGCUAUUCCAUUGCCAGACUUGCAAGAUCCAAACAGAAAGAACAAAUAA